AUGGAGGAACUCAAAAAAAAAGAAAAGUGUUUUGCAUGGUCCAUUGAAGAGGAAGGUGAAAUCAUGAGCGGCCACAGGCACAAUUCCACACCUUUCCCAAGGCAGAGAAGUUUUAGAUCCUAUGAUGGCCACAAUUACAAUCAUAGUGAACCCAAUGAAGUGCCUGUGUUUUACAGAUCUAACACUACUCAUGCCACCGAUGACAGAAGUUCAGAUGUAUUAUUACCUCGGGAUUGGGAAUUCAGACAUCCUGUAGGAUUCCACCACAUACCAAAUUUCCCAGCACCACCACCUAGAAGACAACAAAUUUAUGCUCAGAAUGAGGAUAUGGGAAGGCACAGAGAUAUUUUCCUGCAGCCACCUUCAAGAUCCACAUUCCAAACAAUCACACAAGCUCCCCCAGUGGUAGAAAUUUCCAAAUCAACAGCUUUGAGCAAGCUUAGGAAAGUAUUGUAUGACCAUCACCCUCCCCCAAAGAGGCAUGCUAUGAAUCUGUGCUUAUAUUACAGAAAUGCUAAAGAAAAACCUUUAAAAGAGAAGGAAAUGGAAAAGGAUGAAGAUGGUAAGAGGUGUGCCGUUUGCUUGGAAGAUUUUAAUAGUGGUGAAGAGGUGAUGCUCACUCGAUGCAACCACAUGUUUCAUGAGGAUUGCAUAGUGCCAUGGCUAACGACGAAGGGUCAGUGCCCAGUUUGUAGGUUUGUGAUUUGUGAGAUACGAAGUGGGAACCCUUCAUCCUUCAACAACAUUGACUUGGCCACCUUCGAAUCUAGCAACCUCAUCAAUGAAGAGCUUUUCUCAGUUUUGAGGACCUUGGAAGAAGUUUCUCAAUUCCGCAGUCUUACUUAA